UAUCACCAUCGGUUCCAAUUGCGCCAAGUGUCCGCCAAACUUCUCGAAACCCUCGAAACCCCAAUCCAAUCCGUGGAUCUCGAUCCAUGGCGGCGCUUCUCAAGAAGGUCUUCGGUGCCGUCCUCACCCGCUCCUCCUCCUCCUCUACCUUGAGUUCUCCUCGCACGGCUUCGGAUUCCGAUGAUGCUGCAAUCGAUGACGGCGCUUCCAUGGGUGCCUUUGAUCGGAUCCCGACCGAUGUUAUUAUGCAGAUUCUUAGGCUUCUCGGGCCGAAAGAGGCAGCGAGGGCUUGCGUUGUUUGCAGGGCGUGGAGGUUCUUGGCUGCUGAUAACCGGCUCUGGAUCUUUUUCCUUCAGAGUGGGAGGGAGCCAUAUGAUACUGUUGUAUUCUCUGAGACUCACUUGAGAUCCGGCUUCCCUUUGAAGAUGUAUUUUGAUCACACCCCACAAUUAUCAUUCAUGCAAAUUUAUGUGCAGCGGGAGAAAGUUCCUGGUUCCAUAAUUAUUGAUGGUGGAUCAGGUUAUUGUAAAUAUGGUUGGAGCAAAUACGCAUCUCCGUCUGGCCGUUGUGCGACAUUUUUGGAGUUUGGUAGCAUUGAAUCUCCCAUGUACCCUAGACUUCGACAUUUUUUCUCAACAAUUUGUAGCAGGAUGCAGGUGAAGCCAGCAUCUCAACCGAUUAUUGUGUCCAUCCCUAUCUGUCAUUCUGAUGAUACUGAAUCAGCCAGGGCAUCUCGAAGGCAAUUGAGGGAGACAAUCUGCUCAGUACUGUUUGAUAUGAAUGCUCCUGCUGUUUGUGCAAUUGAUCAAGCUGUUUUGGCUCUGUAUGCUGCGAGGCGCACUUCUGGGAUUGUUGUAAAUAUCGGUUUCCAUGUUACCUCUGUUGUACCAAUUCUUCGAGGUAAGGUGAUGCAUGAUGUGGGUGUUGAAAUUGUGGGGCAAGGAGCUCGGAAAGUUACAGGGUUUCUCAAGGAGCUCAUGCAGCAAAGAAAUAUAAAUUUUGAGUCGCUGUACACUGUUCGAACAAUUAAGGAGAAACUAUGCUAUGUAGCCGCUGAUUAUGAUGCAGAACUUCGUAAACAAGCCCAAGCAUCAUGUGAAGUUGCUGGUGAAGGAUGCUUCACUCUCUCAAAUGAGCGUUUUAAAGCUCCUGAAAUUCUUUUCCAACCUCAACUUGGAGGAAUGCGUGCAAUGGGCUUACAUCAAGCUGUUGCUCUUUGUAUGGAUCAUUGUGCUGAAGCAGAAGUUGGAAGUGAUGAUGGAUGGUUUAAAACAAUUGUUCUAGCAGGUGGAACAUCAUGCUUACCCGGAUUGCCAGAGAGGUUAGAAAAGGAGCUCCACAAGAUCUUUCCACCACCCAUGUCAGAUGGGAUCAAAGUCAUUCCACCUACAUAUGGAGUUGAUUCUGCUUGGUUUGGAGCAAAGAUAGUCAGUAAUGUCAGCACCUUCUUGGAGGCAUGGUGCAUAACCAAGAAGCAGUUCCGUCAGAAGUUCCGGCGUACUGCACCAUUAAUCAAUUCAUGGUGACAUAUCUCCGACUUCCCCGGUAUUCAUUCUCAUCCUGCCUACAGUUUUCCAGAUAGCCAGAGGUGUGAAAUGCAAUGCCGGAGAUUGUCCAUCAAGCAGCAGUCCAUAUCUUUCCAUUUUUUUUUUUUCUUAUAUAUAUAUAUACAUUGUUGAAAAGGCUCUGAAUAAAUUCCAAAUUA